AUGGUAGCCACGAUACGUCGUCAACAUGAGUUCAUGUCAGUCUUUCUUGUCGUCCUCGAUAGUGUUUGCGGCGCCCAUAACAUAAGUCAAACGCUCCCUGAAAAUUCGAGCAGCGUCACCCCUGUGCCAUACGCAUCUUUCGAGCAGCUCUCCCCAGACAAAAACAGAACCGUUUCUGGAGUAGCGAUACCGGUUGACAAAGAUACUGAACAAGACAAAGCCAAAGAUAUCGAAAACGACGAGGACGAAAGGAUGUUUGAUUGGAUUCAUUCGUCGCUUUCUUCUUCUACCGAACCACUAUUGGUUAAAACCGAAGAGCACAUCGAAAGUUCCACUGAAGCACUCGUAACGAGAUCACAACAUGAGUGGGCACAAAAGAUGAAAGACGUACAGUUAUUGCAUACGGAAGGCAAGCGCAAUGAAAAUGACCUUGAAAGACUUUAUAAACUGAUUUUAGAAUUUCGUGAGAGCAAAGACGAUGAAAUGAUACAGUUGGGCAGACACAAUUUGGCGCACGCUCUCAAGUCUCCUGACUUUUGUGGAUUUAUUCUCACCAAAUGGAUAAAAAGAUUUUUUGACCCUGACAAAGCCUUACGAAUCCGACUUGAGCUUGUACAGAACCAAGGCGAAUUUCUGGCUGAUCAAAACCUUUUUCGUUUGUGGCUAACUUACGUGGGCAAGUUUUGGGUAGAAUACGAUAGAGAUCACCUGAAGUAUGAGGACGAACAGGUGUAUAAACUAAUUACAAUUGCAAAGGAAGAAGAAAUUCUCGCGAUGCUUCACCCUAAAGAAUUAUCGGAAGAAGGAAAAUUGGUUGUCAACAGUUUGUGGAAACACAUGCUUGUUCGUAGUAAAAAUGAACCAUUAAUGAUGAAGAUUAUAGAGCAAAAUCCGUCUGAUGUCAAAGAGUUUGGUCAAAUCAAGAAAAAAUUGGCUACGCUUUACCAGUAG